GCAAGCCUGAAUCGGUACGGGCUCAUUCCCUUCCUCGCCUCCGGAUCAGUGUUUACAUUCACCCGUGACUGGUGUUCGUCGCGUUUUUGUUUAAUUUUUUUCCUCGAUUUUUUUUCUCUUUUGUCAUCGGGCUGCUGGCAGUUUGACUGUUGUAUUUUCAACCCGAACCAAGGAUCGUACGGACUAUGGAGGAGAAGGAGUCCAACGUCUGCCCAUUUUACAUGAAAAAUUUCAUUUUCCACUGUGCUCGGGAAGGUCUGUCUCUGGUUGUCAGCUCUCAGUUGAAGGAUAUGAAGAAAAACGAAUCCAAACAGCAACUUGAACAGGUCACAGUGGACGAAAUGAAACAGAGGAUGACUCCAUUGAUGGCAGCUGCGCUGAAUGGUCACGAUUCGACGGUACGGAUAUUGCUGAAAGAAUUCGACGCCGACCCUAACGUUUUGGGCAGUGUCAAGUUUGAUGGGUUCAUCGUCGAGAACGCCUCUCCUCUGUGGUGUGCCGCCGCCCAUGGACACCUUAAGGUCGUUAAAGCAUUGGUAGAAGCUGGUGCAUGUAUCAAUCAUAUUACUCAAUCGUACUCGACACCUUUACGAGCGGCUUGUUAUGACGGGCGCUUGGAUAUAAUCAAAUACCUAGUCGCACAUGGUGCAACAUUAAAUAUACCUAACAAAUUCAAUAAUUCAUGUCUAAUGAUAUCCGCAUUCAGGGGUCAUUACCAUGUUGUUAAUUAUUUAUUGGAUGAAGGUAUGGACCCGAAUGAAAUGGCUAAUUGUGGGGCAACACCUUUAUUUUAUGCAGCGCAAGCCAAUCAGCUCCAUGUUUUAAAACUCCUUCUGUCUCGCGAAGCGAUUCCUAAACCAACGAAAGCAGGUUUAACACCUUGUCUGGCUGCAGCUGAACUUUGUAAUGAACAAGUUGUCGACUUCUUCUGUUACGAUUAUAAUGGAUUGACUAUCAGCGAAAAGAUAGAUGCUUUAGAACUACUCGGAGCGUCUUUUGCCAAUGACAGGGAUAAUCAUUGUAUAAAUAAAGCCUAUCAUUAUCUGCAUAAAGCUAUGUCAUUAAGAUACCAAGACUCAGAUAACAUCAUAACAAAACCUAAUGUCACACCUAUCAGAGCGUACAAAUUUUGGGUAGAAAGUCAGACUUUGGAUGAGCUGGCCAAAAUCCGCAGCAAUGCAGAUGCAUUACACAUGGAAGGUUUAGUAAUAAGAGAAAGGAUACUUGGUCAUUCAAAUCCAGAACUGCUUACUCAUAUUCUUUUCCGUGGAGCCGUUUUUGCCGACGAUGGCAAAUAUCAAAGAUGUUUAGACUUGUGGUUCCAUGCUUUAAAACUAAGCAUCAAAAAUGGCCUUCGAGUUUCUAAGGAUUUAGUCAGAUUCAUUCAAAUAUUCUGCCAAAUGGAAAGAUUAGGAUUGGAAAUUCAAUUCUCCAUGUUGAAAAAAAUUUUGUCAAUAGCAAUAAAUGAGGUGAGUCUUGCCAAAAAACGAUAUGACGACCCUCAUUGUGACGAAGAACAUCCAGUGAAAGAUGAUGAUCUUCAAUUUACUCUUCUAGUCGCAUUAUAUCUGUUAGUUUUGACAGUGAAUAUCUUACCAAAUAAUGAUUCUUUGGAACGAGAAGACGUUUAUGAAAUGGGAUAUAAAUUAAAUAAAAUUAAGGCAAGAAAUAAAGAAGGAAAGACGUUAUUACAUCUUUCAGUUGACCCGUUUACCCCAGAUUGCUUCAGAGCCAAUCACUCUGGAAUCAGCUUUCCUUGCCCAAAGACGACAAAACUCCUUUUGGAAUGUGGAGCUGAUGUUAAUGCCCUUGAUAAAAACAGAAACACCCCUCUUCACACGAUUGCCACAUAUAAAAGAUCAAUAAGGGACUUUAAAACAUUACAUUCCAUUAUAACACAUCUCACUGACGCUGGAGCUCAUAUGGAUAUUGUAAACCUUAAAGGAGAAACACCAAUGGAUUCAGCCAAUUCAGCCCUUGCUGAAGUAAUAUUUCAGACGCAGACCAAGCCUCCACCGCUGAAAUGUUUAGCUGCUCGAAUCGUUGCAAAUAAUAGAAUAAACUAUGUUGGGCAAGUUCCCGUAGGAUUAAUACCUUUCAUACAACUGCAUGGGACAGGUACCUUCUAUAUAUGCGAUGGAAGAACUACCGGACAACAUUUAUUAAGUGAUUUUUCAUGAUUAUUUUUUGUCGAGAGAAAAAGAGACAUUAUUUUCUAUUAAAUUGUAGUUGUAUAUUGUUGAAAUUUUGUGUACAACAGUUGACUAUCAAAUGACAUUGAAUUGAAAAUAGUUGUAUUUUCUAAAGAAAGUUUAAUAUAUCAAAAAAAAAAUAAUAAUAAAAUCUGUUAUUUAUUCAUUAUGAAAUGUUGCAUUGUUGUUAUGAGUGAAAUGUUACAAAGAGCAUGGUAAAAAUAUAGUAAUAAAUGUUGGCUAUGUUGAAUAUUCAAUUAGAACAAAUUGAUUUACUUGAGAUUUACUAGUAUCUUUAUUUAUUUUAGUUUUAUUGGACUAUCAGUAUAAAGGCAAGCUUUAUUUCAGUUUAACGUAAAUCACAGAUGUAAAGUUAACUUUUCAGAAAGGCUUCAAUUAAUUUAAGAAAGAAUGAAUAAAGAAGACCUGUCUGAAUCAAAGCAUUGAAUGUUUUCAUGCGGCUAAUGUGAGCUCAAAUAAAAUAAUAAUAAAAAACUCAUUGCCAAUUACUACAUGACACUUACAAGUAAAUCAGUUUGGCAUAUUAUGGAAAUAUUUGGUGAUUGUGACAAAUUGAAAGAAAAAUGGUGUUAGUCAAAUUUAUAAUGACAAAUGAUUGAUUUAAGAUGUUACGAACCUCACGUUCACAAGUUGAAUUUAAGACGCUAGUGUAAAAUUGAUUAAAAUUGUGUUGGGUUUGUUUUCCAAGCCCAUUUAAAGGAAAGUCGGGCUGUUUCUGAAUGUACUGAAAGCUUACAACUUCUGCCAAUGAAGUGAGCUUUAUUUUUGACAAUAUCAAAUCUAGAAAUACAUGACAAUAGGCAAAAAUCAGAUACCUUAGCAAUAUAUGCACUGCGAUAUGGUGUCUUGUAGUUCAAGACAUCUGACACCACUUCUAGAAAGAAAAACAAAGACUCAAAUGAAGGGUGGAGAUUCUGGUAUCUUCCAAAUCUGGUCAGCAGGUAGCCAUCCUACAGCUCUGCUUCAAUACUUGGGUCUGCAGCCCCAGUUAAGUUCAAUAAUAAUCUGGUGCGAUACUUAGCAGCAAUCUAAUACAUCACGGACCUUAUUUUUCUAUUAGGAAUCAUGAAUAUUGUACAUCCUGUUAAUGCAGAAAGGUGAGGGUAAAAAUCUGGUUUAUACUGGUGUAAAUCCUACAUCUCUGCUCCAGCACGGCUCCAGUUAAAUUCAGCAAUGAUCCUUAGCCCUCGUAAGCUUACUUCGGCAACUUUGGGCUUAAUUUCAGUAGUUUCCUGCUAUUAGUCUCCUAUAGGUCUAAGAUUUGGAUCUAAAAUUACAUCCCAAUUUGAGCUUGAAAUGAUCCACGAAGGCCCUCUGUCAUAGAAAUCUUGCACCAAUAGGUAGUGCUAAAACACCAAUGCUUUUGGUUAACUGUUGGAAUUGCAUGGAAGCCUCCAGGUUGUCUAAAUUACUAUUCCAGCAUACAAAAUCCAAUCCAUAAGACUUAGAUGUAAUUACAUUCGAUGGUAUGCAAAUCCAUCAACAGGACCUACCUAAAAAAAUACCAAGAAAAAGUCCACUUAUCCAGUUUCUGGGCUUCUUCUAUAACAUCGAAAUCAAUCAUGUGGUGGAGGGCUCUUCAUGCCACCUUGUCCUCCCCCUGCAUUAAAAGGAAAUGUCCUUUCUAGUCUAAUAGCACUAUUGAGUCCACCAUAGGUAACAUCAGUAAUGAUUCAAAUGUCAACUUUUAACCUCUACCUAGGAAAACAAUAUUAUACAAUAAUACAUUAAAAUUAUAAUUAGAUAAAUAAAUAAUUAAUGGAUUGGGACUAGAUAAGAGACAGUAUUUACAUUUUUUUUUUUUCAAACAAACCCAUUAUCAAAAGUAUUAUCAAUUUUGUUGGCUGUGAGGAUGAGGAGUAUGAUAAGAAUGUAACAAAGCUAUAUUAAAAUAAAUUAUUGUAUUGUACGUUCUUGGCAUCCUGCCUUGUUUUCCAUAAUUCCCCAGCAGAUUUAAUAAUUAGUAAUUUCAACUUUUUGACAACACCAUUAACUUCUAACAGUUUUUCCGUAACCUUUGGAAACUUCAAAAAUUUUAUACAGCCAAGAUUUGAUUUACUGUAGCAUUAAUCACUCAACUUAACUCAUAUGGCAAUUUUCUGGACUGAUUUAUGUUAAGCUGUUAAUUAAACAAAACACUUAGAAUUGUGAAAUUAUAUUCGAUGGCAUGCAAAUCCGUCAACAGUUGACAAUAAUUUCAUCAAAAGUAUCUGGUCUCUUUAUUCUUGUCAUAAGUAAUUUGUUUUAAGCAAUGAAAGUCUGUUUACAAGUGGUUUUUGUCCUUUAAUGAAAUUUUUCUCUAGGAAAUAAAAGUGACAGUGUUAUACACUGUCUUCCUUUCAGGUUUGUAAGUAAAGAAGCAGAAAUUUUGAAAGAAAUUCUAGAGGUUUUGAGCAUUUUGGUAGUUUGUGCAUCAGCAAUGUUCAAAAUCUUGGUCUUAUUAGCUUUUUUCUGCCUGGCAAGACAGAAACAUAAAAAUCACAGCCAACCAGCAAACAUUAAUUAUUAUUAAUUAUUUGUUAUUAAUAAUUUAAUUAUUGUUUAAUACUAAAAGUGCUAGAAUUCUGCAGUAAAUUUUCAUCAUGGGUCCUGGUGGUGAACAUGUAGUUUGGUCGUUUCCGAUCAUUCUGGUCUGCCUAUCCUCACUGCUGUGGCCUGUCAGAAGCGUUUCGACAUUUUGCAAUCUUCAUUGUUCGGUACGUUAAGAACAAAUAACGCACAGACCGAAUGCUGGUGGUGAAAUGUUGAAACUCAUCUGACCAACCCAAACAGCGAGGAUAAGUAGACGAGUAUAUACGGAAUACUAAUAAUUAUUAGAUUGAAGGGGAAUGUAAUGAAGUAGGUACUAAAGAAAAUAAAACAUUAUUGAUUACAAAAAAUAGUAUUUAUCCGAGCCAAAUCAAAGAUCUGAAAACAAAAAAUGCUGAAAAAUUAAUUGUAUACAUUUUUCAAAAAUAAUAGCAUCAAAUUUAAUUUUAAACAUUAAAAAAAAUCAAUUGUAUGAUUUGACACUAACCUUUUUUUAUUUAUUGUCUGAAUUAAACCAAUUACUAUUAAUUAUUGUUUUCUUUUUGUCUUCAAGCAAUAAAAGAAGUAGAAAGAAAAGUUUCAAUGUGGAAACAGCGAAAA